GAAGUGCUGCACUUCCCGCUUCUUGCGAACCAGGAAAUAAACAAUCGGUGACAGGGUUGAAUUUAAUGAACCAGCUGUUAAAGUGUUCAGAUUGCUUUUGAAAGAUAAUCGAAUACUCUUCUAAUUUGGCCAAAUCAUCGCCAGUCAUCAUGGCCGGGAUCUUUAAGAAAAAGACAGUAGAUGAUGUGAUAAAGGAGCAGACGAAGGAGCUGAGAGGAACUCAGAGGCAGAUCACCAGAGACAGGGCUGCCCUGGAAAAACAGGAAAAACAACUGGAGAUGGAGAUCAAGAAGAUGGCUAAGACAGGGAACAAGGAGGCCUGCACUAUUCUGGCCAAGCAGCUGGUCCAACUGAGGAGACAGAAGAACAGAACCUAUGCUGUCAGUUCAAAGGUCACAUCCAUGUCCACUCAGACCAAACUCAUGAACUCACAGAUGAAGAUGGCUGGUGCCAUGGGGGCCACUACUAAAACUAUGCAGGCUGUCAAUAAGAAGAUGGACCCUCAGAAGAUGCAGCAGACCAUGCAGAAUUUCCAGAAGGAGAACAUGAAGAUGGAGAUGACUGAGGAAAUGAUGAAUGACACAUUGGACGAGAUCUUUGACGGCUCCGGAGACGAGGAGGAGUCUGACAGCAUCGUCAACCAGGUUCUGGAUGAGAUCGGCAUUGAGAUUUCGGGAAAGAUGGUGAACGCCCCUUCGGCCAGCAGAAACCACCCCAGCGCUUCUACCUCCAAAUCAGACACAGGCAUCUCAGACGAAGACAUCGAACGACAGCUGAAAGCCUUGGGAGUGGACUAACACACACACACUCACACACACACACACACUCCGUGCCUGUAUACACACACACGCAUACACUUCUCAACGUAGUCAGUUACCGUCGCUGACAUGUCUUCUCUGGGAAAUAACAGAACCUGUUUUUACGAAGGCAGGCCAAUUCUGAUCUUUUAACCCAUCAGAUGAGCUCUUUUCGAAAGCUCUGAAUUGGUCUUUUUGUGUACUUGCAUCUCCAGUGACACAGUGUACAGCUGCAGGCGGGAGUUGGUCAAUGCUGUGGUCACAUGAGCUUCGUUUACCCCGACGGUCAUUCUUAUCGGUCCCCAAAUUCUGAGCAAAAGUGCUUAAGUAAUUUAUCAAAAGACCAAUUGUUGGAAAGAGAUCUGAAUUGUUCUGUUUGUGUAAAUUGAGACAAGGAGAGCUGUGUGGAAGUGUGAUUCCACCUGGGUCAGGUGUAAAUGGGGUCUAGGGAUUUAUGUUGCCACAGUUACAGGUCAGCGCUGCAUAGGGGAAUGGGGGAUUGUCAAGAUUAAAGUUUUAAAGGAUAGCUUUAAAACUUUUAUAGCAAAAUAUAAACGAUUAAAAAAAAAAACUAAGGUUGAACUGCAUGCUUAACAGUUUAUUACCCAUCGAAGAAAGAAAAGCCAUGUAACCUUUUCCUUUUAAGAUGCAUGAACAUUGCAAAUUCAAUUUUUCGAGAAUGUUGUCAUGGCUUACUACCAACAGGGGCCUCUGCCUCCAUCAGGGGCCUCUGCCUCCAUCAGGGGCCUCUGCCUCCAUCAGUUCAAAGAGCAACAUUUUUGGAACAAUCCAAUCUCUCGCCUAAGUGGACAGUGUUUCCCUAUCGUUCACAACUAUUGGUCCUUCUCAGUACGUUAGUUAUUUAGAAAUUAUUAGGGACUGUUAGCUGUGUUAUUCAUCAUAAGAUACAGAAUAGUUUUACAGUUUUGCACAAGACAGUGUUUGAAACACUACUGGACGUUGAUGUGGUUAUUGGAAAGUGUCUCUGUCAUGAAGUAGAACUGUAAUAAUGUCCGUGGAUAUUACCAGUGUGAGUGAGGACAAUCACCCUUGGCAAAAGGUAGCACUGCUUAUAUCACAAGCUGCCUUUCCACGAGCCGGUCUGAUUGGUCAAAAGAUCAAUGUGGGAGGGACAUCAGAAUUGGGCUGCUUGUGUGAGAGAACAGCAGCACACUGGACACCCUUGGUCCUGAUGAGCCCGCCUCUCAUACUGAUUUAAUAUUUUCAUCUGCUAUCCUUUUAUGUGAGAAAGUAUAAAUACAUUUCAUUUCUCAGAUGUAAAUGGCACUUUCUCAGACCUUUUCUUAAUAACACAUUGGACACUUGACUUUCAAAUCCCGCCCGUGUUCUAAGAUGACAACACUGACUCCAAACAACCCAGUUUUAGACUGGUAUUACUUUAAAACACUGAUGUAGAGGGCCUUUCAGUAGAACAGAAUGAGUAAAAUUAACUUGAAUGUGUGAUUUAACUGGUUUUAUUUUUAUAUAAUGGCUGGUGUGACUCAAAGAAAUAAUUAUGGUGAUGGGAGUUAGCUUUCAAAAUUGAACUGAUGACUUUCAUUUGUUCCAAAUUGAAACAUGUUUUUAAUUUAAAAUAAAAGCCAUUUUAAGUAUA